GCCGCCGCCGCCGGUGCCCGGGAAACCGGGGCGGAGCGGGGCCGGGGGCUGCAGUCGGGCCGGGCCGGGCUCCCCCCGCGGUCUGCAGAGGAGGGCUCAGGGCUGUGGUGUCUGCCCUUGCAGCUGGGCUUCCAGGACGUGAUCGCCGAGCCGGCGUCCGCCCACUCGUGUGACAGAGUGUGGAUCUGCAGCCACGCGCUCUUCGAGAUCAGCAAGUACCUGGUCUACAAGCUGCUGACCCUGCUCUUGGCCAUCCCGCUGGCUCUGGUGGCAGGCGUCGUCUUCGCCCUGCUUAGCUGCCUGCACAUCUGGAUUGUGAUACCUUUUGUAAAGACCUGUCUCAUGGUCUUACCUUCAGUGCAGACUGUAUGGAAGAGCAUGACAGAUGUUCUUCUUGCACCAUUAUGCCAGAGCAUGGGCCGUUGUUUUGCUGCAGUCAAUAUACGCCUGGACCAAGAAUAAACAUCAGGAACACAAUACUGCUGUAAUCUUAAAUGGUAUUAUACCUCUUUGCUAAUGUAACAUAAAAGCAAUUACUGUUCAUUCCAAAACUUUUAGGAUUAAAAUGGCUGGUUUAAAAUGGGGA